AUGGCUCGCAUGUCAAUGCUCUCUUUGAUGCUCUUCGGCCUUUCGGCCCUCUUCGCCCAGCGCGCCUUCGUGGGCACCACGCCCCGAGCCCGACGCAGCGUGCUGCCGCGGCGCGCGGAGGGCGAGGAGGGUGAGGAGUAUGUGGCGGCGGCCGGGGACCGUUUGAAGCUCAAGGUCCUCUCACCGGAGGGCGAUGGCAUCACGGUGGCCUGCUCGGAGGUGAUUUUGCCCUCGGCCACCGGGCAGCUGGGCAUCUUGGCCAACCACGCGCCCAUGAUGUCGGCCUUGGACACCGGCGUGCUGCGAUACAAGGAGGAUGGGGCCUGGAAGCCCGUGGUGGUCUUGGGUGGCUUUGCCACGGUGGACUCCAACCAGCUCUCAGUCUUGGUGAAUGACUUUGAGAAGGCCGAUGAGAUCGAUGUGAAAGACGCCCAGAAGGAGCUGGACUCAGCCACUUCUAUGAUGGAGAAAGCUGAGACCAAGAAGGACAAGCUGGAGGCCACUUCCAAGGUGAAGAAGGCGGCGGCGAGGCUGCAGGCGGCGAUGUUCACCUCCAAGAAGUGA